AUGCUGCAACUAGUGGUAAUAGCUUUUGCCAUCUGGGCGUUGCAGUUCAUUAUCCCAGAGACGAAGCGGCACAGACAGCGAAAGCUGCUCAGAGAACCCGACACACCACCGAAUGGCUCAGCAAAACAUGAUUCCCUGACGGCCUUGAAGCCCAAGCGGCGUGAGCAUAUUCUCACAAAAUCUCGCAGCCUCCAAGUGCUGCUCCCGUCCGGACUCUAUGGGCGUGAGACUUAUACCAGGGAAGAUGCGAUCAACCAUCUCCUCGCCCAGCAACAGCGGGAAGGGCCGAAAAUACGACAGGAACCGAUUGCUAACCCCGCCCCCCGACAUGCGCUAAUGCCAGCUGAGAGGCCCUUGCCGUCAAGAGAUCAAAUGCCGGCUGAGAGGCCUUUGCUAGCGAGAGAUCCAAUGUCAGCUGAGAAGCCUAUGCCAUCGAGAGAACAGGCAUGCGUCUCCGGCCACUCCUCGGUCGCCGCGACGCCGCGGUCCCACGCCGCGGUCCCAGCGCAGCAGCUGCCCAUACCCAUGCCUAUGAUGCCUCCCCAGAAACCUAUACUUCUGGCCCCGAAACCAAGGAAAAAGAAGAACCCGGCCCGCCUGUCCCACAUGCCAUCCCAGUUCCUACAGAUGGUAGCCGCGCAGUUGCCGCCUUUGGCCCUCAUGUGCUUCGCCGUGACGUGCCGGGCGGCCUACGCGGCCUCUCGUGAGCGCUUCACCACCAUCGGGUCGUUGGACCUGCUGGCGACCGAGGCAUUCCUUCUGCUGUGGGAACGGGAGUUGGAGGGCCACGUAUAUUGCCACGGGUGCAUGCGUCUGCACGCGUUCCACGCCGAGGGCAAGGAGGUCACACUACGCCGUUGCCUGCGCCAGACCGAAGACUUUCGCUUAGGACGGUAUACACUCCCUUACCUCGUCGCUCGUCUGGCCGUCAAUCGACAUCUGUACGGCGAGCGAUGCGGCGUCCCGCUCCACGUUCUGCGCAUGUGUCGACGCGUCGACGAGCCUCCGCCCGGAGUAGAGGAUGACGGCUGGGCGGUCAUGCAGACCGUGCAGGCACGGGUCACGAGCGAUGGGGAACUGGUGGUGGCAUCGACCUGGACCCUGUACAAGCGGAUUGGCGUGUUGCCCCGGCCGGGAGGUCCGACGCCGACCAUCAAGUCGAGAACGAAGUCCAUCACAGAGGGUAAGUUUGGUUUUGGUACCAAUGGUGGACUCAGCCGGACAACGACAAUCGGACGGACAGCGAGUACUGGUCGGCCACAGAGUACGACCACCAGCCGGGCCCAGAGCACUAUCCGGACGACACCCCCAAGCCGGGCCCAAAGCACCAACCGACCACAGACCAUCGGCCGGGCGCCAAGCACCACUUGGCCGCAGAGCUUCAGCCGGACGCCGAGUUUCAGUCGAACCAAGAAACUGAUGGACAAGGUGGCCAUGAUUCGAACCGACGAGUUGCAAGAGGAUCAGGUGGCGGCCGGUGAGUACCAGGUUUUUGAGCGAGCAGUCGGGCGCUUCUCGGAGCACCUGGCUGUCUGCCCCAGCACGCAUCAGUGGGACGCCUACCGUGUCAUGUCCGGCAAGGUGGCCGAGUUUGCGGACCCGCGACAGCUGGAGCCGGCCUACGGGGCGGUCCGGUCGUGCCUCAAGUGCCUAACCGACUACGAAGUCAACAUCAUCGAAGGUGUCGCGCCGGAUCAGUUCGGUCGCUAUCACGACAGGCGCCACACGGUACACGUCAACGGCAACGGCAGCAUCAACGGGUUUCACAUCCCGGACGACGAAGGCAAGAGAGUGCCACACACCGACUGGGUUCUGUCCAUGACCAAGUACUGCUACCUGGGUGGGUGCAGGUCUCCCUUCGAGGAGCGGUGGCCCGGUGGCAACGGGAGUGGAUUAGAUGGCAGGAGGACGCCCGACAAAGGGGCGACAGUCCGGGACAUGUGGCUGAGAGGAGACGGGCGGGUUGGGACGGUCGGGAAGCCGGCCGAGGUGGCGGGGGUGGUGGAGGCGAGAAGGGAGCAGCUAAGGCGUUCGUUCAGAUCGAUGCCGUGA